GCGAGCUUUGGCGGCGGCGGCGCGCGCAAAGCUGUAGCGUCGGUAGUGAAGCGACUCGUGGCUGCGGAGCGUGUCGGCUGCGACCCCUCUGCUCCAGGCAGCCAUGGACCUCGCGGCCGCAGCGGAGCCGGGCGCCGGCAGCCAGCACUUGGAAGUGCGCGACGAGGUGGCAGAGAAGUGUCAGAAACUGUUCCUGGAUUUCUUGGAGGAGUUCCAGAACAGUGAUGGAGAAAUUAAGUACUUACAGUUAGCAGAGGAGCUCAUUCGUCCCGAGAGAAACACGUUGGUUGUGAGUUUUGUGGACCUGGAGCAAUUUAACCAACAACUUUCUACCACCAUUCAAGAAGAGUUCUAUAGAGUUUACCCUUACCUGUGUCGGGCCUUGAAAACCUUCGUCAAAGACCGAAAAGAGAUUCCUCUUGCCAAGGAUUUUUAUGUUGCAUUCCAAGACCUACCUAUCCGACACAAAAUUCGAGAACUCACAUCAUCCAGAAUUGGUUUGCUCACUCGCAUCAGUGGGCAGGUAGUACGGACUCAUCCUGUUCACCCAGAGCUUGUGAGUGGAACAUUCCUGUGCUUGGACUGUCAGACAGUGAUCAAGGAUGUAGAACAGCAGUUCAAAUACACACAGCCGAAUAUCUGCCGAAAUCCAGUUUGUGCCAACAGAAGGAGAUUCUUGCUGGAUACAAAUAAAUCAAGAUUUGUUGAUUUUCAAAAGGUUCGUAUUCAAGAGACUCAAGCUGAACUUCCUCGAGGGAGUAUCCCCCGAAGUUUAGAGGUGAUCUUGAGAGCUGAAGCUGUGGAGUCAGCUCAAGCUGGUGACAAGUGUGACUUUACAGGGACUCUAAUUGUUGUGCCUGAUGUCUCUAAGCUUAGCAUACCAGGAGCACGUGCAGAAACUAAUUCCCGUGUAAGUGGUGUUGAUGGAUAUGAGACGGAAGGCAUUCGAGGACUCCGGGCUCUUGGUGUUAGGGAUCUUUCAUACAGGCUGGUCUUUCUUGCCUGCUGUGUUGCACCCACCAACCCAAGGUUUGGAGGGAAAGAGCUCCGAGAUGAGGAACAGACCGCUGAGAGCAUUAAGAACCAAAUGACUGUGAAGGAGUGGGAGAAAGUGUUUGAAAUGAGUCAGGAUAAAAAUCUGUACCACAAUCUCUGUACCAGCCUGUUCCCUACUAUACAUGGCAAUGAUGAAGUAAAACGGGGUGUCUUGCUGAUGCUCUUUGGUGGUGUUCCAAAGACAACGGGGGAAGGAACCUCUCUUCGAGGGGACAUAAAUGUUUGCAUUGUUGGUGACCCAAGUACAGCUAAGAGCCAGUUUCUCAAGCACGUGGAGGAGUUCAGCCCCAGAGCUGUCUACACCAGUGGCAAAGCAUCCAGUGCUGCUGGCUUAACAGCAGCUGUUGUAAGAGAUGAAGAAUCUCAUGAAUUUGUCAUUGAAGCUGGAGCUUUGAUGUUGGCUGAUAAUGGUGUAUGUUGUAUUGAUGAAUUUGAUAAGAUGGAUGUGCGGGAUCAAGUUGCUAUUCACGAGGCUAUGGAACAGCAGACCAUCUCUAUCACUAAAGCAGGAGUGAAGGCUACUCUGAAUGCCAGGACGUCCAUUUUGGCAGCAGCAAACCCAAUCAGUGGACACUAUGACAGAUCAAAAUCUUUGAAACAAAAUAUAAAUUUGUCAGCUCCCAUCAUGUCCCGAUUUGAUCUCUUCUUUAUACUUGUGGAUGAAUGUAAUGAGGUUACAGAUUAUGCUAUUGCCAGACGUAUAGUAGACUUGCAUUCAAGAAUUGAGGAUUCCAUUGAUCGUGUCUAUUCCCUUGAUGAUAUCAGGAGGUAUCUUCUCUUUGCAAGACAGUUUAAACCCAAGAUUUCUAAAGAGUCAGAGGACUUCAUUGUGGAACAGUAUAAACGUCUCCGCCAGAGGGAUGGCUCUGGGGUAACCAAGUCUUCAUGGAGGAUUACAGUGCGACAGCUCGAGAGCAUGAUCCGUCUCUCUGAAGCAAUGGCUCGGAUGCACUGCUGUGACGAGGUCCAGCCUAAACAUGUGAAGGAAGCUUUCAGGCUACUGAAUAAGUCAAUCAUCCGUGUAGAAACACCUGAUGUUAAUCUAGAUCAAGAAGAAGAGGCCCAGAUGGAGGUAGAUGAGGGCCCAGAUGGCAUCAAUGGUCAUGUUGACAGCCCUGCUCCUGUGAAUGGAAUCAAUGGCCACAGUGAAGACAUAAACCAAGAUUUAGUUCCUAAAGCCUCCUUAAGGCUGAGCUUCCCCGAGUACUGCCGAAUCUCCAACCUUAUUGUACUUCACCUCAGAAAGAUGGAGGAAGAAGAGGAUGAGUCGGCAUUAAAGAGGAGUGAGCUUGUUAACUGGUACUUGAAGGAAAUCGAAUCAGAAAUAGAUUCCGAAGAGGAACUUAUAAAUAAAAAGAGAAUCAUAGAGAAAGUCAUUCAUCGACUCACCCACUAUGAUCAUGUUCUAAUUGAGCUCACCCAAGCUGGAUUGAAAGGCUCCACAGAAGGAAGUGAGAGCUAUGAAGAAGAUCCCUACUUGGUAGUUAACCCUAAUUACUCGCUUGAAGAUUGAGAUACUGAAAGUAACUAACCGAGAGACUGUGGCCCCUACGUCCUGGCCUGGAGUACAGAUGUAGCUCUACUAGCAAGAGAAACGUUUCUGGGAGCAAGGCUUCAGUAAAAUUUAUUUUGAGGAGUAAGAACCUAGUUGGUGUCCUGUAUGUCACAUUCCUGUAAUACGCUUUUGUAUUAACAUAAGCUAUGUUUAUUGUCUAAAUGAAGUUGGAACCCAGUGUUUGGUCUCUGUAACCAAGACCUUGUUUUCACAUAUAUAGGAAAAGGUGCAGUACUUUUAUGGUAUGAAUCACUUUAUAAUUGUAAAUGACUGCUUUUCUUCAUCAAAAUAAAAUAAUAUGGGGGCGCCUGGGUGGCUCAGUUGGUUAAGCGACUGCCUUCGGCUCAGGUCAUGAUCCUGGAGUCCCGGGAUCAAGUCCCGCAUCGGGCUCCCUGCUCAGCGGGGAGUCUGCUUCUCCCUCUGACCCUCCUCCCUCUCACGUUCUCGGUCUCUCAUUCUCUCUCUCUCAAAUAAAUAAAAUCUUUAAAAAAAAAUAAAAAAUAAAAUAAUAUGUUCUUCAGUUGUCUAUUGGAUUUAUUUCCUCCCUUCUCUAAUUACUGCUUUCAUCUGCAGUUGACCCUUGAAUAACGUGGAGGUCAGGGGCACCAGAUCGUCCAGUCAAAAAUCUGUGUAUUAAUUUUCACUUCCCAAAAACUUAACUAAUGGCCUACUGUUGACUGGAAGCCUUACUGAUAAUAUAAAGAGUUGAAUGUAUUUUUUUUAAGAUUUUAUUUAUUUGACAGAGAUAGAGACAGUGAGAGAGGAACACAAACAGGGGUAGUGGGAAAGGGAGAAGCAGGCUCCCCACUGAGCAGGGGGCUCAAUCCCAGGACCCUGAGAUCAUGACCUGAGCUAAACUAAAGGCAGACGCUUAACGACUGAGCCACCCAGGCGCCCAUAUUGUAUUCUUAAAGUAAUACUUUUUCUUAAUUUUUUCAGUAUUUCUAGGCUAUAAGUCUUGUCUACAAGUUUUUUCAAAUUGUUGCAGAUCUCUAAAAAAUUUUCCAAUAUAUUUAUUGAAAAAAUCCAUGUAUAAAUGGACCCACACAGUUCAAACUUCAAUUAUUCAGGGUGGUGGGGGGCAUCUGUACUCACAAACAUGAGUCUUUCCCUUUUUGUUUAAUGGGUAGGUGGGUGGAAGUUUAUAGCAUUAUAAGCCUCUAGGAUUAGGUUCCUGUGAGGAGUCCUUCUUAGAAUUAGUAUGACGGAUAAGGGGCUUUGGAGAUUACUUUCCAAGGUUUAUUCCAGUUCUGUGUUUUAUUUUUUCAGACAGUUUAUAAAAAUGAAACGUUUAUUAUACUUUUUCAUCAUUAGUACGUUCAUGAUGUAGCAGUUCACACUUUUGCACCUUUUAACAACAGAUGGCAUUUGGGGCCCUGCAGGACCGGUUAGGGAAUGUUUAUAUGUUUUAUGUGAGUUCAUUCUCCAAUGGCUUGAAAACAGUAGAGUGAGGAGGACUGGGAAUGGAUAGAGAAAUUGUGCGGUUAGCAGAUACAGACUAUAAACUCCUCUGUCAAAAGUAUGUUCCUAACUAAUGAAGGUAGAAGCUGUUGGGAAGAGGAAACCUCAGGGUUUAGGAUACCAAGCUUCCUGUUGAGGGAGUUAGGAGAUGCUAGCAUAAGGCACAAAUAACAGGCAGGACAUUCAGUUAACAGGCUAGUGAAAACUCGGGACAGCAAGAAAGCCCCUCUCUGCACUGACUUCCAACAUGAUGAAAUGAGAUGGGGAGGUCCUGAAAGAAACACCCUGACAAAUUUGAACUUUAAUUUGAUAAAUAUUUACCUAAAGGGAAAUUUGAAGCAUAGGAAAGAUGAGUUUUUUGGUGACUCCUCCUCUUCCCAAUUUUGCCAUUUGAGUGGGGGCUUCCAGAGAAAGGUGAGGUCAUUACUAUAAAUAAAUCCCCAGUUUUUGCAUGUCUGAAUAAGUGUGCUUAUAUUUCCACACACCCUUCUGCACAAGUUACUUGUCAAGGAGGUGAAGUGGCUAAUGGAUGAUGGAGCAUGUAUAAGAUCCUUAUGGAGAAAUUAGACACGUGUUUAGUAAAUGGAUAGAUGUAACAUGUUUCUGAAUGGGAAGACUUGAAUGUUUUAAGGUAAUUGAGCUAUAAUGUAUUUCCCACAAAAUCCCCACAGGUAUCCAUCAAUAAAGAAAUGACUACAUAAAUUGUGGUACAACUGUACUGUAGGAUAUACAAACAAAAAUGGAGUAAACCUACAUGUUUGAAAUGGAAAUUACCUCCAGGACACAUGGAAAAAAAUGCAAAUAUAGCCAUAGGAGUACCUAAGUACAUAAAGCAAGUAUUAAUACACCUAAAGGGAGAAAUAGGUAGUAAUACAAUAAUAGUAGGAGACUUCAGUACCCACUUUGAUCAAUGAAUAGAUAAUCCAGACAAAAUACUAAUAAGGAAACAUUGAUUUAAAUGACCUGUUAGACCAGAUGGACUUAACAGGCCUAUAUAGGAUAGUCCAUCCAAAAGUAACAACACAUGUUCUUCUUAAGCACACAGGGAACAUUCUCCAGGGUAGAUCAUGUUAUGCAACAAAAUAAGUCAAUAAAUUGAAGAAGAUUGAAAUCAUUAAGCAUCUUUUCUGACCAUAAUCUAGUGUGAAACUAAAAAUCAAUUACAGAAGAAAACGGGGGCACCUGGGUGGCUCAGUCUGUUAAGCAUCUGCCUUCGGCUCAGGUUGUGAUCCCAGGGUCCUGGGAUUGAGUCCCGUGUCGGGCUCCCUGCUCCACAGGGAAUCUGCUUCUCCCUCUGCCCCUCCUCCCACUUGCUCUCUCAAUAUCUCUCUCUCUCAAAUAAGUAAAACCUUAAGCAAACAAACUGGGAAAUCAACAAGUAUGUGGAGAUUAAACAUGCUACCAAACAACCAAUUUCAAAGAAGAAAAAAAUUCUAAAAUACCUGAGACAAAUGAAAAUGGAAAUACAACAUACAAAAAUUUAUGGAAUGCAGCAAAAGCAGUUCAAAGAGGGAACUUAUUUUUUGUUUUAUUGAUUUAAGUAAUCUCUAAACCUAACAUGGGGCUCAAAUUCAUGACCCCUAGAUCAAGACUCACACACUCUUCCAACUGAGCCAGCCAGGCGCCCCUAAGAGGUAACUUUACAGGGAUAAAUAGCUACAUCAAGAAACAAAGAUCUCAAAUAAACAAUCUAACUUAACAUCUCAAAGAACUAGAAAAGAACAAAUGUUAGUAGAAGGAAGGAAAUAAGAGAAAAUAAAGACUAAAAUUAGACAAUAGAAAAGCUCAAUGAAACAGCUGGUUUUUGAAAAGAAAAAACAAAAGACAAACCUUUAACUAGACUCACCAAGAAAAAAAGAGAAGACUCAAAAUCCAAAGGAAGAGGAGACAUUAAAACUGAUAGCACAGAAAUACAAAAGAUGGUAAGAGACUACUAUGAGCAAUUGUACACAAAUAGAACAACCUAGGAGAAAUAAAUUCCUAGAAAUAGACAACCUACCAAGACUGAGUCGUAAAGAAAUAGAAAAUCUGAACAGACCAAUUACUAGUAAGGAGUUUGAAUCAAUAAUCAAAAACCUCCCAACAAACAAAAGUACAGGAUUAUAUGAAUUCAAUAGUGAGUUCUACCAAACAUUUAAAGAAAAUUAAUGCCAGUCCUCCAA